AUGAUAAUGUCAGCGGCAAGGUGCACACAGCUUCGGGGCACCCAGCCGGUCCGGACAUACGUGUUGAAACUGUUUGGUCGUGUAAGGCGUUUGGGCUGGACGGUUCUUACAAGUGGCCGUGCGCUCGGCUUGCCGGCAUGCUUUCAGGACGUCACGUCUCCAGCCGUGAAGUUGAAGCAGCCAAUCGCAUACGAACUCCAGGACCACCUUGAGCAUGCCGCGGCUUUGGUAUCAGACUUCCCACGUAGCCGCCUUGAGAGCCGUCGGACCUCGCUGAAGGACUCUCCGUCUGGCACAGAGCUCGCGCUUCCCUCGGAGGCUGUGGCCGCACGCGCGAAGGCACCGAAGGCCCCGAAGGCCGUCGAUCCGCCGGAAGGAGUGCCGGUGCGAGUUGUCGAGAAGUUCAAGAGACACAAUGCUCGCUACAUGGACGGUUGGAAGGAGUGUCUGCCCCACCUGAGCAAGCCUGCGACAUCUGCACCGCCAGCGGGCCGGGGUGGCGUUAGCUGGAUUGGCCAAAAUCCGGACCCUUGCAGAGCAAAGUAUCUUCUGAAGCAAGGGGUGGUGCCCUUGCCACCUGCUGUGGAGCAAAAGCCUUCGCAGGCAGAAUCAGAAGGAGAACCAGCAAGCAGCAGAUCGGAGCUCUCCCAUAGCCAGUCCGCCCCAGUGCUGCAGAAACGCGGGCACCGGCAGCUGGAGAUGAUGUCCUGCAAUGAGCACUACAUUGAGCAAAGGCUGAAGCUCGAAGACGAGCAGCAGCUCAGGAGCGGACCUGACAUGAAGGAGCUGAUCUAUCACGGUGUGUCUCACGACCACCAGGGCCGGAGAGCCUAUCUGCAAGCCCGCAGGAGGCUCUGGCCCCAAGAUCGCCUCCCUGCGCCUGUGACCUCAGCAGCAGAGGUGGGCUGGCAAAGCUACGCCGGUCCAGACAAGAUCGUUGGCAAACAGUUGGAUCCAGUACCCCCUCCUCCUAGCACCAUCGUGCUGGGAUGA